AUGACAAAAGGAUUACGUAAGAGAGCGCUUGAUAGACUUUUUGGUAGACAUUCUGGAGGCGACGCACAUAGCUCUACGUUAGGACGCAUCGCUGCUACACAUGACUUGCUGCCACAGGACACAGGACGAGGAGAUGCUCCACCUGAUGUGGAGACACUCGUUGAUCCUACCCAGCAUGCAGAGAUGCCGCCGUCGUCUCCUCCGCAUGCAGAUGUAUUGGAGGAGCGUCGAUAUGAGCCACAUAGCGCAGCUGUAGAAGCUGCGCCACUACCGCCUGAUUCUAUUACAGAUCAGCUCAAGCUGAAACAGCAAGGAGGAACUGCAAUGCGCCCCGCAGUUACGAAUCGUAUUCUGACUUCAUGGAGUCCAAAUUACGCCGAUGAAGUGAAGAAAGCGCAGAAUCGGGAUCUGGCUGAGAAAUUACAUGCUAAGGUGCAGGAGCAAUUAUCACAGACUCAGGUCGAUUCUAACACUCCGACCCGAUUAAGUAGAGAGGAGGAGGAUAGCAUCAUCGAGACGGUCAUUGGACCGAGUAGGAAGAACAGAUACAGGUGGAGAGGAUCUGAGCAUCGGCCGUACGAGUCCAGUACUAGCACCUACGAGUCUGCAGCUCCACCAGGAUGCAGUUCUUCUCAAGACCCGACUAUGGAGCAGCGGAUGAAAGCGAUGGAAGAUUGGCAGUCGCGUCGGGAGUCGGAGCUACUCCAGAUGGCGGAGGAAGAACGGAGGCGUCGGGAGCAGAGGGAGCUGGAAUUCACCCAGUUUAUAUCGACUCUACCUUCUGAUGCUCAGGAGGCAUAUAGGAGACGGUUUUUGGCGGAUCAGGCUGGGACUUCUCGACAAGGUGGAGUUGGUGAUGAGGAUGAUGAUGAUCGGGACUGAUUUUAUUUGUUUUAACAUUGAAAACAAUGGGUGUGCUGUAUAAAUAACAUUUAUAAUGUUGGGAUAUUUAUUAUGUUUUU